AUGGCGACAAGUCCGCCCACCCAGGAAGACCAGGGUCGUCUACUCGAAGAAGCUCUGGGUGUCGUUCGCCAACAAGCCGUCCAGAUGCGCAAAUGCCUCGAGACUCCUGGCAAAUUAAUGGACGCUCUUAAAUGCGGCUCAACAUUGGUUUCCGAGCUUAGAACACCUACACUGGGUCCCAAACAAUACUAUGAACUCUAUAUGGCCGUCUUCGAUGCCUUGCGACAUCUUUCCGAAUAUCUGCGCGAGUCCCAUCCCGCCAACCACCUCGCUGAUCUCUAUGAACUCGUUCAGUAUGCUGGCAACAUAAUCCCCCGUCUCUACCUCAUGAUCACCGUCGGUACAGUCUACAUGGCAGUGGAGGAUGCCCCAGUCAAGGAGAUUAUGAAGGACAUGAUGGAGAUGAGCCGCGGUGUCCAGCAUCCCAUUCGUGGACUGUUCCUGCGCUACUAUCUCAGUGGUCAGGCCCGAGACUAUCUCCCCACGGGGACUCAAGACGGCCCUCAGGGGAACAUUCAAGACUCAAUCAACUUUAUUCUAACCAACUUUGUCGAAAUGAACAAACUCUGGGUUCGCUGGCAACACCAGGGCCAUUCAAGAGAGCGCGAGCAAAGGACACAAGAGCGAAGGGAAUUGGAACUACUGGUUGGGAGUAAUCUGGUUCGCCUGAGCCAACUGGUUGACUUGGAGACAUAUCAAACCGUCAUCAUUGAACCUUUACUCGAACAAGUUGUUCAGUGCCGCGACGUACUGGCCCAAGAGUAUCUUCUUGAAGUCAUAACCAAGGUCUUUCCCGACGAGUAUCAUCUACAUACCCUAGGCCAGAUGCUCUCUGCGAUUGCCCGGUUGAAUCCUCAUGUCGAUAUGAAGAAAAUCGUCAUUGGCUUGAUGGAUCGCUUGUCGACGUAUGCCCAGAGAGAAUCGGAAGGAGCCUCGACGGAAGAAAAGCAGGCGGCCGAGGAAGAUGCUGUGGUCAAACUACUCGAGAAAGUGGACUUGAACCAAGAGACAAAGCCUGAAUCUGCCACCAAACCCGAACCCACGAGCACAAACGGCACAGAUGCCAAAUCUCCCACAGAAUCUGAACCUUCGGAAGAGCCGGCGACUCCAGCAACACCAAUUACCCCUGCUGCCAAUGGAGACAAAUCUCCUGCAAAUCUUGGUGACGUAAAGCUGUUUGAAAUCUUCUACGAGCAGGUGGUGAAUUUGGUCAAAACCCGUGGCCUCCCUAUCCAGGACACGAUGGCUCUUUUGACUUCUCUCGCAAACUUGGCCUUAAACAUCUACCCAGAACGCUUGGAAUACGUUGACCAAAUUCUCUCGUAUGCUCGAGAAAAGGGUGCCGAAUAUGUGGAUUCAGCUGACCUUCACUCUGCCGCCACACAAGCAAAUAUGCUCAAUCUUCUUCUAUCUCCCAUCAGAACCUACUUCUCGCUCUUUACUGCCCUCGCUCUACCAAACUACCUGCCCCUGUUCCAAUCACAAACCUAUGCCACACGACGAGCUGUUGCCGGAGAGGUGGCCAAGAACAUUCUCCGAAAUCGUGUCAAAAUUACCACAUCACAACAUCUUGAAGGCGUGCUCUCAUUACUCAAAGUCAUCAUAAAAGAAGGCAUUCAACAACCUGGAGGCUAUCCAGGCUUAAAUCGCCAGAGAGGGGGUGAGUCGGAUGAGACGGUUGAGGAGCAAGGAUGGCUUGCAAGAAUAGUCCAUCUGGUUGCUGGCCCGGACAAUGAUACACAAUUGAAACUCCUUCAACAGACGCGAAAGGCAUUUGAGGCUGGCAACGAGCGCAUCAAAUACACUACUCCCGCUCUCAUCACUGCUUCACUAAAAUUGGCUCGCAAGUUCAAAUCUCGCGAGCAUUUUGACGACAAUUGGCAGACCCAGUCAUCCGCACUGUAUCGCUUCAUUCAUCAAACUUUGUCACAACUUUACACGCGCGUCAAUCCUGGAGCCGCCGAGAUGACCCUUCGAUUUUUUGUUUCUAGCGGUCAAAUUGCCGAUCAGAAUGGAUUUGAGGAAUUUGCGUACGAAUUCUUUGCACAGGCGUUUACGAUUUAUGAAGACAGCAUUAGCGAUUCGAGAGCCCAAUUUCAAGCUGUUUGUAUCAUUGCCGGGGCAUUACAGUCCACACGCGGUUUCGGGAAAGAGAACUACGACACACUUAUCACGAAAGCUGCUUUACACGGUAGCAAAUUGUUGAAGAAACCGGAUCAAUGUCGUGCGGUCUAUCUGGCGAGUCAUUUGUGGUGGACUGUUGAAAUUCCGGGAAAGGAAGAAGACCCCAAAAAUCUCUACCGCGAUGGCAAACGGGUCUUGGAGUGCUUGCAGAGAGCACUGCGUGUGGCUGAUGCCUGUAUGGACACUGCUGUAUCUGUGGAGCUCUUUGUCGAGAUUCUGAACCGAUAUGUCUACUAUUUCGAUCAACAGAAUGAGACGGUUACAACGAAAUAUCUGAAUGGAUUGAUCGAGCUGAUCCAUUCGAAUUUGUCGAGUACGAACGCGGACGGAAACACGCAGAGUAUGGAGAAUCCCAAGCGACAUUUCUUCCGUACCAUCGACUACAUCAAGUCUCGCGAUUAUGAGGGCGUCGUUACAGAAGCAAGGCAAUAG